ACUGAUUUCUAACCCACUGACAAACCAGUUUUCGUGGGUCUAUAACUCUCUAACCAGUGCUCUAAUUACCUCAAGUCCUGUACACGAUUUGUAGAGUAUACAUCAAGGAACAAAUCUUCUGCAGAGAUCCAGGUCCGAAUCCAAACAGAAAACGCCAAAAACAGCCAUCCAAUACGUGUUCAACAGUUGCUGCAGGGAGACAGCGUGAGCAGCAAGCAGCCAGGCGUGUGGCAGUGGCCACCGCCAUGGACAGCCAAUCCUCGGCCAACGCCCGCUCGUGCCUCGCCUUUAAAAGCACGCCGCACACCCUCUGAGCUACCCUAGCCUCGCCUCUGCAUUCUGCUCGCCUCGACUCCCUCAUUCCUCUAUUGCAGCACACUAACGCCAUGGAUGGACGACGGAAGCUCCCUGCUACCUCCAAAUCCCUGUCCUCAGUAGCCGGUUGUUUAAAUUGAGUUUGCCAUCACCUCCCCCUCGCCACAACGAUCCGUUCGAACCCUUCCCUGAGCGCAGCCAUGACCGGCGAUGCCCGCGCCAUCGCCGCAGCAGGCUGCCACCGUGGGCUCGCGUGGCCAGGCCACCUGGAGCUGCCGCCGGCCCAGCCAACUCCUUGGCUAUGCGCGCGCUCCACCAGGGACGGCUCGGCUGGCCCCGCCGCGCUCGGCCGACGCCGGCGAGCCCCGGCCAGGAAAGGCCGAUCCCCUUUCCCUGUACGUUCCAAGGAAGAAGACGAUGGACCAAUCUGCAAAUUCCAGAACAGCAGGGGGGACCGAGAGAUGAUGAUCGAGCCAGUGAUGUGGUGCCAACCACAAGAUGCCGUGGUGGACGACUUGAAGAAUGGACUUAACUAGUGGAUGCUCGCCAAGCGAGUACCCCCCAGCAAACAGUAUCUGAGUGUUAAAUUAAAGGCAAGCCCCGGUUUUAUGCA